AAAACUGCUGGAGAAAAAGCACACAGGUAGAUCACUCAUUCCCGCUUGCCUGAAAGAAACGCGAUACAUAAAACAAUAGGAUACAUCUCUGACAUAACGUGCGAGAAUUAUUUUUGGAAAGAGUUCAGGAUUGAGAAAAGAGCCUCCGUCGACUUUUCUGGAGGUUUCAGCGCCAACAUGGAUCACUUGUCUCGGGCGUAUAUGUUUAAGAAAUAGGUGUCAACGAUCCUACCGGAUAUCUGACUUAUUUUGAUUAACGGAGGACGGGUCGGGUGAUGCUGAUGGACCAGGACACUCAGUGGCUGUACCAUCUCCUGGCCGAGGUCCAGUUGGAGAAGUUCUACAUGCGCGUCAGAGAUGGCCUCAACAUCACCCGCAUCGAGCACUUCCACUACGUCAAGGAGUCCGACCUGGAACAGAUAGGAAUCAGCAAACCUGCACAAAGGAGAUUAUGGGAGGCCUUGAAACGCUACAAGACAAAUGCUCGAGGACGGCCUGGGAUGGCAAGGGAGCCCAGCAGUCGAGUUCCGGAUGGGGGGGAGCAGCGGAGUGGAGGCGGUCCGGUUCAGGAAGUUAGCCGGGCUCUACCGAGUCUGAUCCAAGACAGCGAGCUGGUUCUGGCAGAGAAACUGGGCUCCGGCUCCUUUGGGGUGGUGAAGAGGGGGGAGUGGCACACACCUAAUGGGAGAGUGUUGCCUGUAGCAGUAAAGUCACUGAGGAGCAGCAUGUCCAGGCAGACAGAGACACUGACAGACUUCCUUGCAGAGGUGACCAUCAUGCAAUCCCUGGACCACCCCAACAUCAUCCGGCUUUAUGGUGUGGUGCUCACACAGCCCCUCAAGAUGGUAACAGAACUGGCCCCGAUGGGCUCCCUAUACGAUACCCUGCGCUCACGUCAGUUUGAGUUCCCUCUGGUGCGACUCUGGCUCUUUGCUACCCAGAUCGCAGCGGGUAUGGACUACCUGGAGAUGAGGAGAUUUAUCCACAGGGACUUGGCUGCGAGGAAUGUCCUGCUGUCAUCCAGGGAGAUUGUGAAGAUCGGGGACUUUGGCUUGAUGAGAGGCCUGAGCCAAGAGAAGGACCACUAUGUGAUGAAAGCGCACAGGAGGAUACCAUUCGCAUGGUGUGCUCCAGAGAGUCUCCGGAUUGGCUCCUUCUCCCAUUCCUCUGACGUGUGGAUGUUUGGGGUGACCCUGUGGGAGAUGUUCACCUACUGCGAGGAGCCGUGGUUCGGACUCUCAGGCAGACAGAUUUUGUGGCGUGUGGAGCGGGAGGGGGAGCGUCUCGAGAAACCGCCCGAUUGCCCCCAAGAACUGUACGUCGUCAUGAGGAAAUGCUGGGCCUGCAAUCCUACUGAGAGACCCAACUUUGCACAGCUCGUGACUAUGGUGUCAGAGGCUAAACCAAGGGAGGUUCAAGCAACCAGAGACUUUGCUGAACUCAGAAAACUUGCACUUGUGGCCAACGACCUUGUGACCGUCAUAGACCAUGGGCUGGAGCUGUGUGAGUGGAAGGGUCAGAACCAGAGGACGCUGACAGUGGGCUGGUUCCCUGCGAGUCUCACGGUGCCGUCACUCCCUGCUGCCGCCGCCAACAACGGGUCCAACCCUGCUUCCAACCCUUACAUCUCAACCCCGCUGAGAGGCAGCCUGCAGCAUAUCGCUCAUGGAGACAUCAAACCUGAGCUCUGCAGGGGGCUACCUGAGAACCUGGAAGGCAGCGGCAACUGGAGGACAGUCCUCGGCAAGGAGAAGGAGGGCUCCAAUCUGCAGCAAAUGGCAGGUUUGUCUCAGAGCUUGGAGUCAGUUAUGAGCGGGCACCGUCCCCGCGCUCACACUGUGGGCGCGCUCAGAAUGGAUCAGCACGGAAGACUCAUGCCCCCUGGGAUGCCAGUUCAUAGUGCGUUGAUUCAGCAGGACCCGCGGCGCUUCAGCGAGGCAAGCAUCAACCCGCCUCCGCGCCCGCCGCCCCCCAACCUGAAGCACUUCAACAUGAAACCCACCAUCUACCCGGUACCGGGCCCCACAUGGCCUACCCAGGUGACCAUAGUACCUCCAGCCCAGCCUUUACCUCAACCACAACUAACCAACCUGACCAAGAUGAGCCACAUGGCACGCUCAACCCCACAGCUGGAUGAUUACACUGACAACCGAGAAAGAGACGUGAGAGAGAGGGAGCGAGUCAGAGAGCGAGACAAGUCCCCUCAUGUGCAGAAUACAAGAGAAAGUCUCACCGCACAGGUUAUGGAGGCAGUUCAUGGAGUGACAAUUGAAGAGGUUCAUGUUGCACUUCAGCGUAGUGACUGGAACCCGGUGCGAGCCGAGCAAAAACUCAAGUUGGAGCAGUUGUACUCGCUGAGCCUGUGCUCCAGAGAGGACUGUCUGAGGGUGCUCUACAGAUACCAGUGGAACCUGCAGGUGGCCAGCCGAUACCUGAUCCGGUGGUCCCGGGACGACAGGCCAGGCCCCGGAGACAGGGAGCGACCACAAAUAAGCGCAGAGAGGCGCGUUUAAAGUGUUCUUCAUUGGCUGAUUUUAAAUUGAAUUUUGCAGCGAUGGUUUACACUUUCAGCAACAAUUUUGGAUCUGGAAGCUGCCCAAAAUAACUUGCAAUGACCACCUCGAUGUGGGGGCAGAUAGGAGGUCUUAUAAAUGUAGAAAAGUGAAGGUGUAAAAAGAAAGGAUAAAAGGCUCACUGUUUUCACUGUUUUUGUAUUUUGAAUGACACUCUCCAGCAACACAUUUUGUGAACAUAGUUUUUGUAUCGUAAUGAAUUUGUACAUGAAAUUAUUGUUUUAUUAAAUAAAAUGAUUAUGCCAUCUUUGUAUUGAA